AAUAAAAUAUGGCUGGAAAAUUCCACAAAGCGAAAAAAAGAAGAAAAAUAAAGUGGCGCACUUCUCUAGUUGGUGGUAAUAGCGUAGUUGAAUGAAUUCCUGAAGUCCGAUAAUAAUUCUUAUUUUUUGAUUAUUAUCCGCUUCGCCAUUUGCAAAUUGUAAUUCAAAGUAUGGCACAAGUAGAAGAACACUUCGAUGUUCUUACAAAAACUGGUGAAAAAACCGGAAUUACUAAACCCAGGUCACAUGUACAUAGAGAUGGGGAUUAUCAUCGAGCAGUUCAUGUAUGGAUAUAUGCUGAGACCACCGGGGAGUUACUUGUACAGCGUCGUGCUGACAACAAAGAUUCUUAUCCAGGGUUGUGGGACAUAUCUAGUGCUGGUCAUAUUUCUGCUGGAGAUUCAUCCCUUAUAUCUGCUAGGAGGGAACUUCAAGAAGAAUUAGGCGUAACUCUACCGAAUGAUGCAUUUGAAUUGAUAUUUGUUUUUCUUCACGAAGCUGUAACAAAUAAUGGAAAUUUUAUCAACAAUGAAUUCAAUGAUGUGUAUCUUGUAACAACCAUUGAUCCAAUCCCGCUGGAAGCUUUUACUCUUCAGGAAACAGAAGUUUCUGCAGUUAAGUAUAUUAAGUGGGAGGAGUAUAAGAGCUUACUUGCAAAAGAAGAUCCUGAUUAUUGCCCUUAUGAUGUUACUGGAGGAUAUGGUCAAUUAUUUGAUAUUCUUUCAAAAAGGUACAAAGACAACACAGAAGAACGCAUUCUAUCCUUGCAAAAGCAACUUGAUCGAUAUGCUUCUAUUUCUCUCGGUGCAGAGUUGUCUGGUGUUACUGAAGCAGACAAAGAAGCUCUUGUCCUACUUAUUAAAGCGGCGGAGGUCAUGGACGAAAUUUUCUACUCACAGGUUUGGUGCUGCAAUCCAGCACUCAGAGAUUGGCUGAAAGAACACUCUCAUCUAUCUAAGUUGGACAAAUUGAAAUGGAUGUAUUACGCAAUCAAUAAGAGCCCUUGGUCUUCCCUUGACGAGAAUGCAGCAUUUAUGACCUCUGCAGAUUCUGCAGUCAAGUUGCUUGUAGACUGUACAAAACACAUACCUGGGUGGAAAGGUCUCGAGUAUAAAGCUGCAUUUCCAGUAGCAAAACCCCCUGGUGCAAAUUUCUACCCUCCUGAUAUGGACAAAAAGGAGUUUGGGUUGUGGAAGAGCAGUUUAAGUGACAAUCAACAAAAAGAUGCAACUUGAUUCUUUAAUGUAAUUAAAAGGCACAGUGAAUCUGAUUUUGCUGAUUCCCUCCCUGAAAAUACACGUGGUAGUAGUAAUCAGGUCUCAGCGUCCAGCAAUGAUGACCUUCAUAUCGUACCAUUUUCUCAAGAGUAUAACCCAUUUCUUAUGAAAGCUGCUGAGCUGCUUCGUAAAGCAGGGGAUUUGACAGACUGUCCAAGUUUGAAGAGGUUGCUGAAAACCAAAGCUGAUGCUUUUCUUUCAAACGAUUACUACGACUCUGACAUAGCUUGGAUGGAGUUGGAUUCUAAACUGGAUAUUACCAUUGGUCCGUAUGAGACAUAUGAAGAUGGAAUUUUUGGAUACAAGGCUACGUUUGAAGCAUUCAUUGGAGUGCGGGAUGACGAAUCAACUUCUCAAGUUAAACUCUUCGGGAAUCAUUUAAAGGUUCUGGAACAAAAUCUUCCAUUGGAUGAUUCGUACAAAUCUAAAGACGUGGUUGCUGCUCCAAUACGUGUAAUUCAACUUUUGUACAAUGCAGGGGAUGUGAAGGGUCCUCAAACCGUGGCUUUCAAUUUGCCAAAUGAUGAGCGUAUAGUAAAUGAGCGUGGAACAUCAAUGGUUAUGCUCAAGAAUGUUUCGGAGGCCAAGUUCAAGCAUAUCCUUCAGCCUAUCGCUGCAGUAUGUAUUGCAGCGGAUCAGAGAGAACUUGUAGAUUUUGAUUCUUUCUUCACUCAUACAAUUUGUCAUGAGUGCUGUCAUGGGAUAGGACCUCAUACCAUAACACUUCCAAGCGGUCAGAAGUCCACAGUGAGAUUGGAACUGCAAGAACUCCACUCAGCUCUGGAAGAAGCAAAAGCUGAUAUUGUCGGCCUUUGGGCACUUAAGUUUCUUAUCAACCAGGGGCUGCUUUCUAAAACCUUGUUACAGUCUAUGUAUGUUUCUUUUCUUGGGGGAUGCUUUCGGUCAAUACGUUUUGGAUUAGAAGAAGCCCAUGGGAAAGGACAAGCUUUACAGUUCAACUGGUUAUUUGAGAAAGGUGCCUUCAUUUUGCUUGCAGAUGGGACCUAUUCUGUCAAUUUCACUGAGGUUGAAGCAGCGGUUGAGAGCCUUAGCAGGGAGAUACUAACCAUUCAGGCAAAAGGAGACAAAGCUGCUGCUGACUUGCUCCUUCAGAAGUAUGGAAAAAUGACAGAUCAUCUUCGAGCUGCAAUGGAUAAUCUAGAAAAGAUUCAGGUACCUGUGGACAUAGCACCUGUUUUCACUGUUGCUGACAAGAUAAUGUCUCAAAACCUUGUUUGACAAGGGUUCAGCUUCUUGCUCAGAUCAAGCAAACAAAUUCAUAGAAAAAUCAUAACAUCAGCCCUAUAUUUUUUCAAUAUAUCCAAGCAUUUUGGGCACCCGGUUUUUCGUGGAUAGGCAUAUUUGAACGAUGAUCAUAUAGGCCAUAAGAUAGUUUGUGUAAUCAAAACAUUUCACCUAGAUUUCACGCAAAAGUUUUAAGCAAGAAAAUAUAGAUGAGUCGAUCUGUUCUGAAAUUCACUAUUUGGAGACUAAUAAUGGAGUUCUUCCACUAACAAUAAUAAUUCAAACACUUUUAUC